AUGGCGGCCCACGCCGGACCACCGGGUUUCGACGAAACGGAAGACAGUUGGGACGCCUACCAGGUGCGUCUGCAGUCCUACUUUGAAGCUUACGAUAUCGUCGACUCGAAGAAACGACGAGCCCUGCUAACGGCAGCCUUAAGUACGGCAACAGUCGGCAUAAUAACGGUACGGUGCGCGCCGGCGAAGAUUCAAGACCUUACCUAUGAGAAGCUGCUUGAACUGCUGGCAGAGCACUUUGCGCCACAGGGCAACGAAAUAGCGGAGUCUUACAAGUUCUUCACCAGAUGCCAGCGUCCCGACGAGUCAACGAAGGACUUCAUUGUGGAAAUUCGGAAGAAGGCCUGCAGGUGCAACUUUGGCGAGGCACGGGACAGGAUGCUACGAGACAGACUUGUUUGUGGUCUACGUGAUACCGGCGUUCGUCGGAAGCUUUUGGCGAGACCUUCGCUGACGCUGAAAGAAGCCGAAGAUAUAGCGUUAGCAGCAGAGAUGGCAGCUCUCAACGUUGAUCACAUGGAGAGGACACAGGAUUAUGGCGACGUCCAUGCCAGACAUAUGGACGGCAUCCUGCAAGGCAUUCCGGGCAUUCAAGUGUACCUGGACGAUGUGGUAGUCGCGGAGAAACGCGGAAACUGCGAGACGCUGCGUGAAGUUUUCAGACCUCUCGCUCGAGGAGGCGGCAAGACAACGGACCAGCGGACGCAGCGCCGCGCGGGCACGGAAUCGACGGGUCCCGGCUAUGGGCCGAGGCUCCCCUAUAUCGCCAGCGCACGCUUCGGCAACGGCCCAACGAAGAUCGCGUGGGCCGAGAGCCCAAUAGACGCGACGAAACACAUUGCCGCCGUACAGUUGGCCCAGCAAAGGGGGACGAGAGUGGUCGAGGCCUGGCGCAUCUCGUCUGUCCGUCUGUGCGUAUAG